AGAGUAUAUUUCUGGUGAGAAGUGGGUCUACUAAAUGACACAUUUUGCUAAACAUCUACCCUCGUGCUUCGAGCUUCUUCACCUCUCGUGAUUUUUCUAUUAUAUUAAUAAGCGAAGAAUGCCGCAUUUUAUGCGAAAAUCUGGAAAUAAAAAUACUUUUAAGGUUUUCUUUUCUUAACAAUGGAGGCUGAAACACUGAGUGUGUAAAGUAUUAUCAGUACUUUCUUUUUGCAUCUGCAUUUUAUCAGUAGAUUUUCCUGUUCUUGCAAGCAUUGGAUCAGAUUCUUAUAAGAUUUUGCUCAAAAGGAGUUAACAGAGAGAGAGAAGAAGAAGAGGAGCAUUGAGGAUUUUAAAUGGAGAAAGAGAUUUGUAGAAGACAUCUUUCAAGAGAAGGGCUAGGAUGUGUUUGGGUGUUUAUGAGCAUGUUUGAUUUUAGACAUGGUGGAUCUAACCAGAAGCUUUUGAUGGAUAAGAAACGUCGAAGCAAGAGAAUCAUCAUAGGUAAUAAUGGAGUGUUUGAGACUAAGGUUGAGAAGCAGCUUACUUGUGACUGUGACUGUGAUGAGGAGAGUGAAGCUGAAAUGCAGAGUGUCAAGAAACUCAUAGAAGCUGAGAUUGAUGAGAAGACUACGCAAAAGUGUGAGGCGAGAAACCGAAAGAGGAGAAGUAGGACCUGCAGCAAAAUCAGUGAAGAUAUCAAUGUUUUGAUUGCUGGUGAUGAUGAUGAUGAUCAUGCAGAGAAAUCAGAUAAUGAGUGUCCGAUAGUUUCUCAUAACGAAGUGGAUAUGGUAAAUGAUGAUUCCGAAGAGAAGUUCAGCGAGUUGAUAAAGCGGUUGAUAGCUCAAAAGGAAAGCGAGGUAGAGAGCUGCAAGAAGAACCUGGUGGAUGCAUUUCAGGUCUUGGAUUCUAAAGAAGAAUCAUUGAAUAUCGGUACACCAACUUCGGGAGAUUCUCAGAGAAUCAAAGAGACACAAACAAUUGUAAUUUUGAAGCCUGAACCAAAUACCUUGGAUGUUGGAUCAUCGCCUGGAACACCUUCUACAGACAACAAGGCCAAAAAUGAGAAAUUCAGUUCUCGCUUUAGUCUCAGUAGAAUCAGAAGAAGACUAAAGUUUGCGGUUGGAAAGAAUCCAUGCAAUGCUCAACAUGACUCUGAUCCUGAUCCUGAUGCAGAUGCAUUGUCGUCUAGCAUGAGUCAAAACUGUUGUUUGGGAGAAGAGAUAGAGACCAAUCCCGGGUCGGAUGGAGAAAUCUUGCCUGACAUUGCUUCAAAAGGUGAGGCUAAUAAAGAGGAUACUUUCCAUGAAAGUGAAAAAGAUUCCAAGAAGAGUAUGUGUGGCAUAUACAUUGCUGCCAAGAAACACCUGUCUGAAAUGCUUGCAGAAGGAGACAUAGAUGCUGACUUACCGGAUAAAGAAGUACCAAGAAUCCUUGGGAAGAUUCUUGCUCUCCCUGAGUUCUUCACACCAGAAAACAGUCCUAGAGUGACCUUGGCACUUGAUCAUCAGAUAAUCGAAAAACCAAAUAUUCAGCAGUGCAGUUCAAAAGAUUACUACUAUGAGCCACUUCGACUGGAUUCAAACAACCAUGAAGAAACAGAGUUUAUGCCAGUUCCGGAAGACACUAGGAUGGAAGAGGAAGAGCAGACUGUUAUGGAUUCGUUGUCUGAAGCAAUUAGCUCUUCCAUUAUCCAACAAGAUGCAUAUAUUGAUGAGGAUGAGCACAAACAACUUUUGGAAAAGGAAGUACUCAAAGAGGGACAAUCACCGUGUUCUCCACCAAACUCUUCAGUGAGAAUGUCUGAAUGCCAAGAAAACACCACAGAUGUAUUGGGAAAGUCAAGUCCUGUAUCUGUGCUUGAGCCUUUCUUUACAGAUGAUGACACUAGUCCAAACAGCUCCAGGUUCUCUUCAGCCGAAAUGCGGAUGCAACCACUGUGCAUAAGAUUCGACGAACCUGAUUUUCCAGGACCGGAGAAAGACAAUGAUGUCAAAACAAGAAUGGACGACAAGGAACUGGCACUUGAAUACAUUCAAGCCGUGGUGAAAUCAUCAGAGUUGAACUGGGAAGAGCUUUUGGCGAGAUCUUUUUAUUCGGAGAAGAUUCUUGAGCAGGCUCUAAUGGAUGACAUAGAUUUCUGUUCGACAAAUCUCUGCAGCGAUAAGAAACUCCUUUUUGACUGUAUCAAUGAAGUUCUUAUGGAGUUUUGUGGACAUGGCCCUUGGAUUUCAUUCGUCAAACCUGCAAUGCACUUUUUUCCAGACAUGGAAAAUGCUGUUGAAGUGGUACAAGAAGAAGUUUACUGGCAUCUCUUACCUUUGCCAUCUCCUCACACACUAGACCAGAUAGUGCGGAAAGACCUGGCUAGGACUGGAAACUGGAUGGAUCUCCGCUUUGAUAUUGGUUGCAUCGUUUCUGAAACAGGUGAAAUAAUCCUUGAUGAACUACUAGAAGAGAUAAUCAGCAAUUGCAGAGACUUGGUCCAACCUGAAAGAAUCAACAAGCUGGUUCCUUAAAUCCCACUGCUCCAGAUCACUACCAGAAAGUAAACUUUUGUUCGAGAAAGACACUCAUGGUCAUCAAGAGGCUCCUCUGUUUACUCUGUACAGGUUCACGUCCACUUCAAUGGACAAGCUCUAGUUUUCAGUUUUUGUGCAGAUACACACAACCACAGCUUUUAAUACCCCAACGACUGCAAAAGAAACUCUUUGUCUUGUUUCUUUCAGUCCUUAUUAUGUUUUCUUUUCCAUUUGGCUUCUGUAAAGUUUUGAGUUCUGUUAGUUGUAUGUUGUUGUUAUAUGAGGAUUAAUAAAACAAGGCUUGAACUUAAACAA